AUGUCCCCCUUAAAAGUCGCAGUCGUUGGUGCCAACGGUAAAGUUGGCCGUCUGUUGUUAAAUCAGUUAAAGAAUAGUAGCAGUUUCUCAACACCUUUAGCCAUUGUUAGAACGCAGGAACAGGUUGAGCAUUUUAAGGACAAGGUGGGUGUCGAUGCAAUCUUGACAGAUAUAGAAAAUGCCUCCGUCAAUGAGAUUGCUGAUGCCAUCAAGGGUUACGACGCCGUGGUAUUUAGUGCAGGCGCGGGCGGUAAAGGUGUUGAAAGAAUCUUCACUGUAGACCUAGAUGGUUGUAUAAAGGUGGUUGAAGCCUGUGAAAGUGCUGGCGUCAAGAGAUUUGUUGUUGUUUCGGCUCUUAAGGCAGAAGAUAGAGAUUUUUGGUGGAAUUUGAAGGGUCUGCGUGCGUACUACAUCGCAAAGAGAUCAGCUGACCGUGAAGUAAGGAGGUCUAAACUGGAUUACACUAUCUUGCAACCAGGUUCACUGGAAUUAAGCGAAGGCACAGGCUUGUUGCAACCCUUGGACAAAUUAGAAGAAAAGGCCUCUGCUUUUUACUCUAUUAAUAGGGAAGAUGUAGCUUCUUUUAUUACACAAAGUUUGCUACAUCCAGAUGCCACUGUGGGAAAGACUAUACCGUUGGCGAAUGGAGAUGAACCAAUCGGAAAAUUCAUUCAAAGCUUGUAG